AAAACAAGACAGAGAAUAAUAAUGUGGCCUUAUUGUUUGUUUAUUAUUUUCAGUUUUAUUUCAUAAGAUUUAAUUUACAGAUUCUUAUGAUAUAUAGUUUUUACUCUAUUUUCUUUAAGCUAUCUUGAACCCAACAGAUCCCAGGAGAACCCACCUGGGAAGCAAAACUGCCCUUUCCACAAAUAUCAAGGGAUAUACCCUGUCAAUUAUUUUCAGAAGGGGUCAUAGCUUAGAUGGGGAGUCCCAGAGUAUGGAUGACUUUCAUCGUAACGCAUUGUUUAUAAUCCCCGCAGAUCUGUUACGCAGAACGACAGGCAAAAUAAUGCAGAUGGUGAAGCCAUGGACUAGUCAGUCCAUUCCAAACUUUAUUUUCAGGUAGAAAGAGGCAUCUUUUGAUCUUGAAAUUAGAAUAUAUAUAGCUCACAUGUAAUUCAGAUUUAGAUAUAUAUAUCAUAUAUCACAUCAGUAAAAAUAUGCUAGUAGCCAUACGCAGUACAAAAGGUUUUAACCAUAAUUUGACUUUCUUCACCUAAGGUCUGCAUUUUUUUGCCUGUUGAUUUUUUUCGCACAUGUGCUAGAAUCCAAUAAAAACGUAAACAUUGUAAUUUAUUUAUUUAAAGCUCAUUUUGAGCUACACAGACCCAAUGAGGGUCCAUGCGCUCUACCAGACAACUCCUUGCAACAUCCAUCGACCCACACAGUGUGCCAUCUCCCCAAUUUCCCUCACAUGGCUUAGGUUAACGCGGGGCUAUGGUAACAUUCAUUUGCCCAUAUUGAAUUCCCACCAAGGGUAAUCAAACCCAGGCCUCCUGACCAAAGUGCGAUAGUUAUAACCACUAAGCUAUGGCGCCAAGAUUAAUAUUAGCUGAACAUAAUCGCACCAGAACCAAGCAUUAAACCCAACAAUAACUUUGUUAAAAAAAAUGCAGCUAUAGCGACUCUGCUCGCCACAUAACGUCAUGGAGGUCGACUAUAAGCGAUCCCUAAAAACAACUUCCAGGGUUGAGAAACGUCCUAUUUUUGUGAUUAACUUCUUAAUUCCUUGAGGUGUUUUUUCAAUGUGAGAUCCACUGGAAUUAAUUUAUGAUUAAAAUGGUUGCAGUAUAGUCAGUGCAUCUAAUCGUUGCGCACCGCGAAUCGUUGCGCAGGGGAAGAAUAUUCACCAAUUGCAUGGAUCCCCUGCACCUAUAAAAGCUGUUUAUGAUAUGAAACGAAGUGAAAAUGAUCUGGCUUUGAAAAUAAUACAAUUUCAACACUUAGCAAAUCGGCAUACUUUCAGAAAAACAAUAUUUGUACUUGAAAUGAAGAAGUGAUUAAAUAAAUACUUCCACGUGGUCCCACGAAACUUUGUCAACUAGCUUCGUCGGCCGCCAUCUUUAAAAUGUUUUUUUGUUGAAAUGACGCAACAUAGUCUCGAUUACCCAUGUAAAUAGUUAUUUUCAUGUAAACCCGUGGCCGAAUUGAGAAAACUGCUGCGCAAUAAUUCGCGUCACAAUCCGCUUGGGGGUCACAUUUUAUUGCGCACCCUUACGCAACAUCCUACCAAUAGGGUUUGCUAUAUAAAUAGUUUCGAAUGGCGCCUUUUUUUGAAUUCGAAAUUGAGCAUGAAUGCAUCAGAUUCAUUCCUAAACAAAAACAGUUCAGGUACAGACGUGUUUUUAAAGUUGUUAGUCAUUUUAAACGUAUACAAGGAAUUUAAUUGGUAUUUUAAUUACAAACAUGCCAAAUAACAAAGUUAAGAGAAAGAUUGAGACUCCGUGGACAGAGGAUGAUAUGCAGAAAGCAUUGGCGUUAUAUAAGUCUUCAACUUCUUCACUCCGUUCUAUUGCGAAAGAGGUAUAUAAACAUAACCUUCGUCAAAAGUACGGGGGUGCAAGUUUGAUAAUAGGGCAAUAAGUUUCAUUAUUUCUCCUUGUUUUUUUUAUUUUAUAUAAAUUUCUUUUUAGUGUAAAGUUGCUGAAUCUUCGCUUCGCUUUCGCUUAAAGAAGGUAGAUGAAGGAAGGUCACUUUCCAAAGCUGGUCGAAAAUGUGUGUUUAGUGAGCAGGAGGAGAUCGAAUUGAGAAAGUGUAUCGCUAUAGUUUGUGAAAACGGAUUCAGUCCAACAUUAGUGGAGAUACGAGUAAAUAUUUCAUAGUACACUUUAAUAUAAUUCAUCUUGUUUCCUUGCUUGAUUUUAUUUAUCAAGUUUUUUUUUUUUCAGGAGUUAGUGAAGCAGUACGUGACUGUCAAUGGCAUCGACACACCAUUCGUGUCAAAUCGCCCUGGAAGGACUUGGAUGAAGUUAUUUAUGAAGAGGAAUCGACUUUCUCUGAAAAAAGCAUCAAUGAUUUGCAUUUCGAGAAAGUCAAAUACUGCCAACCCUUUCGUAAUUUACGAUUUUUACGACAAGCUAGAGGGGAUUUUGAAAGCAAAUCCUGGAAUAAAGCCAGAAAAUAUUUGGAACUGUGAUGAGACCCCGCAAAAUCGAAGGUGAUAGGUCCAACAAACCAACCAGCGUUUAAGCUAUCAUUUGGGGCCAGGAUGGAAAAUAUAACAACGAUGGCUGUAUGCAACGCUGCUGGUAAAGUUCUUGACCCUUUUAUCAUAUUUCAAGGUAAAAACUUUCAGUCAACUUGGAGAGGCGAAAAUGGUCUACCAAAUACAUUUUACGCUGUCACACCAAAUGAAUGGAUGGAUACAAUCACGUUCGCAGAUUGGUUUGAUAAGUUUUCUGACCAAAAUGCUGCUAGACCAAUGUUGUUGCUUUAUGACGGACACAUGAGUCGCAUUUCCAUACCAGUGAUCCAGAAAGCUUUGGAUCAAAAUAUCCAUCUGUUAAAGUUCCCACCACACAUUACGGAUAUACUUCAGCCCCUCGACAAGUGCUGUUUUGGGCCACUAAAACGAUCCUGGGAGAAUUUGCUGAACGAAAGAAUUAAUCGUUUUGGAUUGGUGAAAAAGGUCGAUAAACCUGAAUUUGUCAAUCUUUUAGCCACUGUAUGGCAUGAAGGAAUGAACGAGGGAAAUGUAAAGGCAGGUUUCGAAUCCACUGGAAUCUGGCCUCUCAACCGCGAGAAAUACGAUACUUCUCGCUUUGACGUGCGACUUGUCCAUCGCUAUGAUGAGUGGGUUGCUUCGGGAAAACCCUCCCUUGACUGGACAACCUGUAACAGUGGAAAAGACGCACCAAAAGCAGUCAAAAAACCUUUGACAGAUAGUAAUGUAGAGUUCGCUGUAGAUAACACAUCAACAGAAACCAAAAUAUCGACACCUAAAGCAAGUGGGUCGAAAAUGUGUAGCAACAAUACUCCUACAGAAAUUCAUUCAUCAGCUAAACAUUUUUCUAAACAAGUGAUGGAUACUAUUGGCCCGUUCCCCUUUGAUGCUCCAUUAGGUUUUCAGUGGGUACCCAACGGCUGGAAGCUUGAACCAGUGUCAUCAACACCAACACCAACUACUGCGCCAAUAGUAAAUAAGUCGUUCGAGGAGCUUUUCUUAAACAAGAUCAAGCCUAUGGAAAAACCUGGUGUGAACAAAAGACGCAAAAUUAACUUGGCUGCUACUGUAGUUAGCGAUGCAGAACUUCUGCAAGAAAUUAUUAACAAGGAAAGCGAAAAGAAAAAAAGUAAAAAAAAAGUAAAGUUGCUUAAAAAUAAGGAAGGAGAAGAGAAGAAAAUAAGUGGGGCGAAAGUUAGAGGACAAAAGAAAGAUAUAGAAUACCAAGAUGAUGACCAGGAAGAUGAAGAUCAGAAUGAAUUUGAUGGAAAAUUUGACCCAGGGGAGGAAAGUGUGGUUGAAGAAGAGGAAGAGGAGAGUGAGUUGGAAGAAGAUGAUGACGAUGACGAAGACAGCAUGUCAAAAGAUGAAGGAAACAAAAUUGAGCCUCCUAAAGAUGUAGAAGAUGCUCUGAAUAAUAUCAUAUUCAAAUCCUGGGCUUCACUACAGACCUCGGCAAGUGCAGAGUAUUUCGAAAACGAAGAGAUUUACUAUGCGGUAGUUUAUAUUGAUCCACGACGAAGAAAAUCAAUGUUCGUAGGAAGAGCAUUACGGCAGUGGCGUCAAGAUGUAAAGGGGACAGUUCAAGCGAUAAGUUUUGAUUUCUUAAAGCAGAAAAUAGUUGACCUCGUUGACAACAUUUUUGAAAAGAAUCCCAUUGAUGAAAUAGAUCAGGAUAUCGUGCCAAUUCACCAAAUAAUCGCUGGACCGUUGCGAGUGGUAUCUCUGUCCACAGCAUCAUAUCGCUCUAAGAGAAAGGUUGAAGUGCAUGACCAUCAAGCACUUCGAAAAUUAUAUAGUUUGGUCCACAAGCUGGACCUCCAAGAACAUUAUAAUUUAUUUUUGUGUUCUGAAAAUAAAAAUAAUUAGUUAGCUUCUUUUCUGGAAGUUAUUCCAUUUAAA